AAAGCCUUUUUUCUUUUAAUUUUCUGUUCAUUAGUAUAACUGAUUGCUUCUCCUCUCAUCUACCAUUCUUCUUCCUCUUCUUCAUCAUCACUCAUCAGCAUCCAAUAUUUGUGUAAUGACUGUAUUUGUAUGUAUGUAAUGUGUCUGUCACAUACGUAAGAAGACACGUAAUAGAAUUAUCUUUACGCAAACGCAUUUCAAUUCUUCUCAAUCCAAUCCCUUUAUUAGGGCUUAAAAUGUACACUUUUUUUUCCUCAUAAAGAACCGGAGCCAAUCAAUACGUUUAACGGUUAUUUUGUGAAAAAAGAGUAAAACCCAAUCUGGGUUUUGGAUUUUGAUUAGAAUUGGAUUGUUGAUUGAGUGGUUAAUGACGUAUGCUGGGAAGGAUGAGGAGGAAGGGUUGGUGGUGGUGGUACCAGCCCCGUUAUUGGGGUUGGAGAGGGAGGAGGAUCUGAAGGGUAGUUAUGUAAAAUUAGGUGGGGAAAAAUUGGAAAAGGAGGAGAAAAAUGGUUUCUUUGGUGGUGGGGGUUGCAAUUGCUUGGGUGCAUCAUCAUCAGGCCUUGAAUAUGGAGGCAAUAGCAGCAGCAGCAGAUGUUGGUCUCUUUGGUGGUGGGCUAAGCUGGUGCUUCUCCUCAUUUUUGUUGGAGUUUUGGCUGCUGUUUUUCUCAAAUGGGUCGGACCCUUUUUCAUGGAUAAGGAGAUUAUUCCCAUACUAAAUUGGGAGACAAGAACAUUCAGUACUCCGGUACUUGCAGUUCUAGUUUAUGCUUCAGUGGCAAUUUUCCCAACCCUCAUUUUACCUUCCACUCCCUCCAUGUGGGUAGCUGGGAUGACAUUCGGAUAUGGAUAUGGUUUUCUACUUAUCAUCGGAGCACUUCCUAUUGGUGUAUCUCUUCCUUAUUUCAUAGGUCAUCUUUUCCAUCACAGAAUCCAAAGCUGGAUAGAAAGAUAUCCCAAGAAUGCUUCUAUUAUAAGACUAGCUGGUGAAGGGAAUUGGUUUAACCAGGCUCGAGCUGUUGCAUUGAUCAGGAUUUCCCCUUUUCCAUAUAUAGUUUAUAAUUACUGUGCAAUGGCAACUGGAGUCAAGUAUGGUCCUUAUUUGCUGGGGACACUCGUUGGCAUGGUCCCAGAAAUAUUUGUUACAAUUUACACUGGCAUCCUGAUAAAGACUCUUGCAAAUGCUUCGCAAGAGCAACGUUUUUUAUCAGCUCCACAGAUUAUUCUUAAUGUUCUUGGAUUUAGUUUCACUGUUGCUACAACAGUGUUGAUCACUGUAUAUGCAAAAAGGAGGCUCAAGCAAUUGCAGAGAGACGAGGAUUUGUUGCUACAAUGAGCUUCUGUAGUCUCUGGAGGUCUCGACAGGUGGAGAAAGGAAAGGGAAUGGAAUUUGGAGGUUCUUUACUGCUGACAAACAAGGUCAUUUGCAUCCAUCGAGAAUCUUAAUCGAUGUAUAGGAUUCACACCACCUCAUAGUGGAGAUUAGUCGACAAUUCUUUGUGCACUUUGGUGCCAUAGCUGCACAGGUUGCGCACCAAUGCAAGGAAGUCAAGAAGCCAGGAAACUGACGUUACUGAUACACAAGGAGCAAUCACCCAUUCAAGUCUUUGUCUCAUAUUGUUGACCAUCAUUGUACAGAAUUGAAUAACCCAAUUAUGGGUAAAACUGAAUAGGACAGAGCACUAGUUAGAGUGAAUGCUUGGGAGUGACAAACAGAUGCUUGAUUUAACAUUGCUAUUUUCUGUAGAUAAUGAAGAAAAUUUUGGUGUACUGCUUAGUUUGUAUGCAGCUUCAUUCGUUACACUUCUAUGGAACUACAUAUCUUGAUAGGA